CAGUAGGUCCAUACCAACCUUAGGGAUUUAGCUGAGCUUCUAACUCGGCUGAGACAUACGGAAGGAUGGCAGCACCGAACCCAUCCCAACUCGCAGGCGCGCUCGGCGCGGCUCGCUCUAUUGCCAAUGUCGUCCUAUUUGGUGGCGCGACUCUGUGGGCUGGAGCGAACAGUCUCUUCAACGUGGAGGGUGGUCACCGCGCGAUCGUGUUCAAUCGGGUUGUGGGCAUCAAGGACACGGUCUACGCGGAAGGGACGCACAUUAUGGUGCCAUGGUUUGAGCGGCCCGUGCUUUACGAUGUGCGCGCCCGGCCCAGCGUCAUCCAGAGCCAGUCGGGAAGCAAGGACCUGCAGAUGGUGAACGUGGGGCUGCGUGUGCUGACACGCCCCAACGCGGACAAGCUGCCGGAGAUUUACCGCACGCUCGGCACCGACUACGCGGAGCGCGUGCUGCCCUCCAUCAUCCAGGAGACGCUCAAGUCGGUCAUUGCGCAGUACAACGCCAGCCAGCUCAUCACCAUGCGCGAGGUGGUGUCGCGCGACAUCCGCCGCAUCCUGACGGAGCGCGCCCGCUACUUCAACAUCAUCCUGGAGGACGUGUCAAUCACCAACCUCACCUUCUCCAAGGAGUACACGGCCGCCGUGGAGGCCAAGCAGGUGGCGCAGCAGGAGGCGGAGCGCGCCAAGUUCAUCGUGGACAAGGCGCUGCAGGAGAAGCAGAGCGCGAUCGUGCGCGCGCAGGGUGAGGCGCAAUCGGCGAAGCUGAUCGGUGAGGCGGUGAAGCAGAACCCGGCGUUCCUCACACUCCGCAAGAUCGAGGCUGCCCGCGAGAUCGCCGGCACGAUAUCCCAGUCCGCCAACAAGGUGUACCUGGGCUCCGACUCGCUGCUGCUCAGCGUGGGCAACGCCGGCGGCGCGGACGGCAAGGGCACGGAGCUGAACCUGACGGAGGGGACCUCGCGCCGCAAGGCCUGGUUCUGGCCCUUCUAAAACGGCGGCGGCGGCGCAGCGGCGGCAGCAGCAGCGGCAGCAGCCGCAGUGGUGCGUUGCGGCUAGGCUGCUAGGGCAAAGGCAGCGUUUCGUGUUGCUGCGGUUGUUGCGGCUCUGGUUGGAGAUGCGUGGGGCGGGCGCGGACGAGGCGUUUGAGGAGAGGCUGUAGUGAAUGGCCUCUGGUGUUGCAUUUGGUUUGCGUGUGCUUCCAGCCGGUGGUUGGGGCUGGCAGGAUUGGUACGGGCUGGAUGCGAUGGUGCGGCUGUGGGAAUCUGAGAUAUGGACAUGUGGUUGGGCGAAGCGGUACCGUGCAGGUGGUCAUGGCCGCAGAAGAGGUAGCGGGUGGGCACGGCCGCGUUGUGACGCAUGAUCGGUCAGUGUGGUAACGAAAUGAUCUCCGCGCCUGUGCGAUUUGCGUGUGGGAGUCCAUUGGGAUUCGCCAGUGGAGUCUGUCAAACACCACGUCAU